AGAGAGAGAGAGAGAGAGAGGGAGAGAAAUGGGGUGGAAGUGGGAGGACGAGGAGAACUCGGGGCGGGGCUUUGGGGAUAUCGUGAACCCUAACCCUAAAUUCCUUCGAUCCGUGGAGGGCAAGGAGCGGUGCUCGACACGGAGGGUGGUGCGAUCGAGUUGCCGGACGGAGGAGGUGGAGCCCGGCAGGUUCGUCCGCAAGUGCGAGAAGACCGAGCAAACCCUACGGGAUUGCGUUGGCCGGCCCGUGGAAGUAGUGGAAUCAAAAACUGAGCACACUGAAGAUGAUGUUACUGAUGAAGUGACCAGAGGAUCACUCCCUCUCGAUUCACCAUCAUUGGAGCCCUUUAAUUUACCAGGCCUUCGCCGUGACAUUGAAGGCAUCGAGCAAAGGUUGUUUGGUGGCAUCGGUCAUUUCCUGGAGGCAGCUGAGGAGAUCACAAACGAAUUCUUUAAAUCGUUAGGAGAUCCUUCUUGGCGUCGGGGGGACUCGGCACCUUCUGGUGGUCCACGGAUACCUUCUGAUAGGCAACUGAAGGAAGAUCCUGCAAAGCCAAAAAGUGAAUCAGAAUAUUCUGAGUAUGCAGGGCAGAUGGCAGAUGUAUAAAUACUGCAGCAUAUGUGGUAGCAUUAGAAGCGACUUUUCAGAGUGCAAGUAGUGGUGUUAUCCCGCUGAAGAGGUUCCGUUGUGUUUAAUAAACUUGUUUGAGGAGAUUGGUAGCUCAUACAGUUAAUUAUUUCUCAAGUUCAUAUUUUAUUUCAAAUUUGUGUUU